GUCUGCGCUCGAGCCUCUCCAUUGGCCGUCCCUCGCUCAUUUAGCUGCUGUCAGAGCGCGCGGCCCGGGCACGCUCCGGUAACUUUUCCCCGUUCAGCUCCAUCCAAAGUGACGCUACAACACACCGGCUCCGUGUCCUCCGAGCGCGCGUGGAUGACAGGAAAAGAAGAGGAAGUUUACCUGAGAGUGGAUUUUAAAGCCCGGCACCUUUUCACCUGUGCGCCCCUCACUCCUCUUCCUCCUCUUCCUCGGAGGCUCGGCUGAAUGUUUCUGCGUGUCUGAGUCCACGCAGACCAGGUGAAUGUACAGCAUCAUGAUGGAGACGGACUUGCAUUCCCCCGUGGUGCCCCAGACCAACCCGUCCAACCCGGGGGGACACGCGGGAGGAGGAGGUGGGGGGGUCGGCGCUAAGGUCCCCCAGGACCGGAUCAAGAGACCCAUGAACGCCUUCAUGGUGUGGUCCCGGGGCCAGAGGAGGAAGAUGGCGCAGGAGAACCCCAAGAUGCACAACUCGGAGAUCAGUAAGCGGCUGGGCGCGGAGUGGAAGGUGAUGACGGAGGCCGAGAAGAGGCCGUUCAUCGACGAGGCGAAGCGGCUCCGGGCCAUGCACAUGAAGGAGCACCCGGACUACAAGUACCGGCCCCGGAGGAAGACUAAGACCCUGCUGAAGAAGGACAAGUACUCUCUGGCCGGGGGGCUCCUCGGUUCCGCCGCGGGGAUGGGAGGAGGGCAGCGGCUGGAGAGCCCCGGAGGAGGGCACGCGGGGGCAAACGCGGGCUAUGCCACGCACGUGAACGGCUGGGCCAACGGCACCUACUCGGGGCAGGUGGCGGCGGCGGCGGCUGCGGCUCAUGCCAUGAUGCAGGAGGCGCAGCUGGCAUACACGCAACACCCGGGCGCCGGAGCUCACCCGCACCACCCGCACGCCCACCACCACCCGCACCAUCAUCCACACAACCCGCAGCCCGUGCACAGGUACGACAUGAGCGCGCUGUCCUACUCCCCCAUCUCAAACUCUCAGAGCUACAUGAGCACGAGCCCGCCGGGCUACGGAGGCAUCACGGGCUACACCCACCAGCACCAGAGCUCCGGGGUGUCUCCGGUGUCCGGGGCCCUGGGGGGCACUCUCGGGUCUCUGGUGAAAUCUGAGCCCAGUGUGAGCCCCCCGGUCUCAACCGCGCGCGCCUCGGCGCCCUGCCCCGCGGGAGACCUGCGGGACAUGAUCAGCAUGUACCUGCCGACCGGAGAGGCGGCGGGGGACUCGAGCGUUCACAGCAGACUGCACGUGCUUCAUCCGCAGCACUACCCAAGCGGCGGCUCCGCUCCGGUGAACGGGACGGUCCCUCUGACUCACAUUUAACCCCAAAGUACCAAAAAAAUAAUAAAAAAAGAGAAAAGUCCGGCGGCGGACCGAGGCGGGCUGCUGAUGAAGGGGAAGAGAGUAAAGUGAGGGGGUGGGAGCUCUAAAGUCGUCCCCCUCUGAUCAAACUUUUUUACGGUUAUUUGAGGCUUUUCUCUCCGCUGGAUCCGGUCUCAACAUCAGCCCUGCGCUCUCUCUGCUCUCUGGAACAGAGCAUGCCAACUUCUGACACCAUCUCAAAUUAUUCUCCGUGCAGGCUGGUGCUUUUUUCUUUUUUUUUUAAGGUUAAUUUUCCCGACUUUUUCAGUGGAAUUAAAGGCACCAGCUGUGUGUUAAAGGGGAGGCGGUGUGAAGGCUGCGGUUUACAUUGAUUUCCACUUUUAAUGCUUGUAAUCAUGUGAGUCAGUCGUUGUAAUUUGAAUUUGUUUCUGUUGUUGUAAAAUCUUGUAAAUUGUGAAUAAAUAGGCCUACUGAAAAAAA